GAACUUUACAAUGAGUCAAAGGCGCACCAGACAAUCCAAUGCAGAAGUUGAUGUAUCAGAACUUGAAGAUGCUAUUAAAGAAUGUGUUCGGUACAUUAUUUGUCGAGAAGGCAGCAAAAUACCAAUUAAAAAAGGUGAUGUUUCUAAACACCUUAGCGCAACAUGCCAAACUCCUUCCAAUCACGUAAACACUGUUUUAAUUGAAGCUAACAAGAUAUUGAAAAGGGUUUAUGGCUACAAAUUAGUUCAAGUGGAUGCCCAAAGUGGUGUCCCGUACAUAGUAGUGCUAACAGAAGAAUGUGAAUCUCUGCCGUCGCCUGUCAUAGAUGUUCAACACAGAACUAUACUGAUUGCUGCACUCACACAUAUCUUUAUGACUGGGGCUCCAAUAAAAGAAGAUGACAUGUGGAGAUUCCUAACUGAAGCAGGCCUUAUGGAGAAUGAGAAUGACCAAACAGUAAGGAAAUUACUGACCCAUACAUUCACCCGGCAAAUGUACUUGCAAUAUACCAAGGAAGGUGAGGAUGAUCUUGCUAGGAAUGUCUUCCAAUGGGGAGCACGCGCUGUCGAAGAAGUGCCAAAACCAUUUCUUCUGGGCAAAAUGGCAGAGGCGUUUCAGAGAGAACCUGAGUAUUGGAGUGAGCAAUACAAAAAUGCACAUCAAGAUACAGAAGUCUGAAUAUGUUGUUAAAGUAAUUUGAUCGAAGUGAUGAUA